AGUGUAGUGUAUUGAAGGAUAUACAUGUAUGUGAAAGGUAUUUCGCGUAUACGUUGGGAUUUAUGACUGAAAAUGUAUGAAAUCGGAUAGAAAUGUCGAAUAUUCGUGUAGCCUUGAGGGUGCGUCCUUUAAAUGGAAAGGAGAAAGAUGAAGGCUCAAAAGAAAUUGUGAAAGUAAAUAAUAGCUCUGUGAGAAUUGAAAAUAUCAAGGUAUUGGGUAUUCCAGAGUUCGGGGAUUCACGCUCACGGAUCAGGGAGUUCUUGUUUGACCACUGCUAUGACUGUAUGCAGGGUGAUGACCAGUUGUCCUCACAGGCCAAGGUAUUUGAGGAUCUGGGUACAGAGGUUCUCAAGGCAGCAUUUGAUGGAUUCAAUGCCUGUGUGUUUGCAUACGGACAGACGGGAACUGGCAAAACUCACACAAUGAUGGGAUAUCCGGGAGAUGUGGGCCUCAUUCCAAGAAUCUGUGAGGGUCUUUUCACACACAUGUCAGAAUGUACAGAUGAAAAUGUGACGUGCCGGAUUGAUGUCAGCUACUUUGAAAUUUAUAAUGAACGUGUUCGAGAUCUCUUACAACCACAACUGCUCAAACUUAAUGAAAACUACUCCCUUAAAAUCAGAGAACAUCCAAAAGAAGGUCCCUAUGUAAAAGAUUUGUCUUGGCAUCGUGUGAGGAACAAUGAAGACAUUCAAGGACUCCUAGACAAGGGCAAUGAAUACAGAGUAACUGCGGAAACCUACAUGCAUGGUCACAGUUCCCGAAGCCACGCUAUUGUCACUGUAUGCUACACUCAGGCGAGACUGGAAGAGAACAGACCAAGUGAGAUUGUCAGUAAAAUCAACCUGGUUGACUUAGCAGGAAGUGAGCGGGCUGACCCUAGUUCAAAACCAGAUUUCAGAAAGAGGCUGACUGAAGGUGCUAACAUUAACAAAUCCCUGGUUACACUCAGUUAUGUCAUCAAAGCACUGGCUGAGAGGUCCCUGUUAUCAUGGUCCACAGAAGAGAUGGGGUCGACACAGAGCUUCCACAGCAGUGGUGGUGGGGAGACAGCGGCAGGUACGAGCCCUGCUGGUCCCAACAAACAACGAGUGCCAUACAUUCCAUACAGAGAUUCAGUUCUUACCUGGCUUCUCAAGGAUAGCCUUGGAGGCAACUCAAAAACCAUUAUGAUAGCAACAAUAACGCCAGCUAGUCAGUACUACAGUGAGAGUAUAAGUACAUUACGAUAUGCCCAACGAGCGAAAAAUAUCAUCAAUAAACCGAGAAUUAAUGAGGACACUAAUGUAGCUUUGAUUCGGGAACUUAGACGGGAAAUUGAGAGGCUGCAUGGAAUGCUAGCGAAUGCUCAAAUGCCAGCCACACAACUAGGGCCAAACUAUUUACCAGGGGACAUUGUAUACUUUGUCCCCAGUUUACACCGGGGUCCAGAUGACCCCGAGAAUCAGGGAGGCAACUUGAUAACACUUCCUGAGUCUGAAGAUUCUAUAAUAGCAGAGAAACUACAUGAAAAUGAAGAAAUGGCCAAGCAGUUGACCCAGUCCUGGAUGUGUAAAUGGUCUUCCACACAUGAUAUAAUGAAGGAGUCAGAUUUGAGUAUACGAGGAUUGCCAAAUCGCAGUAGCUCUAUGGGUGUGAUGAUUGACUCACAGUUACCUUACUUGGUUGGCAUGGACGACGAUGUACUUAGUACAGGAAUUGUUAUCUUCCAUCUAAAGGAAGGGGAGACAACUGUUGGAAGAGAGGAUGCUGAUACUCCACAGGAUAUAGUUUUACAUGGACCAAUGAUACAAAAGGACCACUGUGUAAUUCAGCAUGUGAAUGGGGAGGUAUACCUACACCCCUGUCCAGGAUCAAUGUGUGCUGUACAGGACAUAGAGUGUACAGAACCUACUAAACUUUCUCAGGGAGAUUAUGUGAUAUUGGGAGGAAACCAAGUUUUCAGAUUCAACAAUCCAUCAGAGGCAGCUAAACUCAGGGAACAUAGAAAGAGUCAAGGAAGCCUCAAUGCAUUAAAUACGUCACAUUUAUCGUUUGGCGGAUUAUCUCGGGCCAGUAGCUUCAGUUCUAUAGGGGGAGACGACUCGAGCUUCCUUAGUCCCCCGUCACAACUUGGACGAUCAUAUCCAAAUUCAAGACGUCGGCACUCUGAUAUUAUAAUUUAUGCUGCCCCUGAUCUGUGUCGAGAUUUAGAGAAACGAUACCAGACUGAGCAGGAAAGAAUUGCAGAAGCAGCUAAAGAAUUAGAGAGAUUGAAGGCGGAGCAUGAGAAGGCUGAAGAGUUACGUCAACUGAAAGAAGAAGAGAUGUAUCAGACGCACGAGCAGCACCGUGCUGACAUUGAGGAACAGAAACAACAUCUGACAAGGCUGAAAGAAGAAAAUGACAGGGAACGUGUAAAGGCUGAAGAAGAAUUGCGGCUGGCACGAGAAAGUUUGGCCAAAGAGAAAGAUGCUUUUCAAAAACAGUUUGAAGAGGAGAGAAGGAAGUUGAAGGAGCUUCAGAGACUAGAGCAACAGCAAGAGUCUAUGGGCAUACAGACUGAUCCUCUAUCCACACAGUCCACAUCGGUAGGGUCCGAACCUUUAUCUACACAAACCAUGUCUGUGGGGUCCAAACCUUUCUCCACCCAGACAGCCUCUGUUGGAUCAGAACAAACUUCAGCUGCAGCAACUUCAACUGAUGCUGAUGAUGUAGAUGGUGCUGAUGACAUAACUGACUUGCCAGUGAUAUAUAGAGGAGGAAGACGUCUUUCAGCUGCUGAUCAGCUAGAUGAUCUGGCAAAGACAGAAUUCUCUCGGCGCAUGUCAUAUCGGGAAACUGAAGAGAGUCUUGCUAUCCAGCAAGAGGACAUUGAAGAUGCUUACCUGCAGACACAGGAACAGCUAGAGGACAAAUUACGCAAUAUACAGAAGAUAGAGGAAGAAUACAAGGAAGUGGACAAAGCACACCUACAGGAAAUUGCUGAGCAUACGGAAAAGGUGCAUGCAAUUCGGAAGCAGGAAGUGCAGCUUGAAGUAUAUAUACAGGAGAAUGAGGAACUGUUGAACGUUAGCCACGAGAAGCCACGCCCACUACGCUCAGCAUGCAGUGAGAUGUUCCUGCUGGACCCGAGCAUUCAAGAUCAAGAGUAUUCACAGAGAACAACCAGUCUGCUAGACAUUCAGGGAGAGGAGGGUGAAAACCAAGAUCAGUUCUCACCACGUUCAAGACGUCUUCGAAGAUCAUCAAGUGCUGAAUCACUCGAGAGUGGGAUCAGCGAAUUUUCUAAAGAUCAAAGUAUGGAAACUGAUAAGGAAAAAACUCAGAAAGACAGAAAGAUAUCUACAGUUGCUAAACAAGUAACUAGUAGACUCUAUCAGGCACCAGAGCCAAAGUUUAAAUAUGUGCCAAAAAGUAAAGAAAAAGAAAUUAAAACUUUUCCAAAAACAAAACCUGUAAGAGAUAGAAAUACUGACUUGAAAUCAAGAACAAGUCCUGUGAAAACUGUAAAGGAUUUUGAUAGGUCUAAAAGUGAAUCUCCUCAGAGAGUAACUGGGAAAAGGAACAGGCCAACUCUGACUAGAGAUACUGACCCUAAGAAAAGAUCUGCAAGUGCUCCACAAAGCGACCCAAAAUUGAAAGAAGGGCCAAAACCUAAAAAUGCUAAGGAUAAAGGUGAUAAGCAGGAUAAAAAUGAAUCAAAAGUUAUGGCAGUUAGGAAUAAAGCUCAGGGACCAAAUAGAAUUGUUUCUCCAACAUCAAAGCUAGAUCGAGUUGUAUCACCUACAUCAAAGCAAGGUGGAACUGUUUCCCCUACAUCAAGGCAAGGUGGAACUGUUUCUCCUACAUCAAGGCUAGGUGGAGCUGUUUCACCUGAAAGACUUGGAGUUGUUGGUCCAGGUAUUAAAAGAACAUCAUCGCCAAAUGUAAGACACAUGGCUAGUGCUUCAAGUCUAGCUAGUGUUCCAGAAUCUCUUGCUGAAAAUGAAGAGUCAGUGUUGAACGAAAAUCAAAAAGAGCCAAAUAGAGGUAGUUAUGGUGUCAAGAAAAGGCAGAAAAAAGGUAGAGCAAAUUUUAUUGAUGAUGAUUUUCGAUGUCACUCUGCCCCAGAUUCUCAGAGAAUGUCUCAGGCACUAGAUGAGUAUACAGAUGGAAUAAAUUUGGACCUUCAAACUGGACUUUCAAAUUCAGAUAGACUAGUUCCACUUGUGACCACGUCUGUGUCUGUAGAUGACUCUACCAUGUGUAGGGAAGAAGAAAUGAAGAUAAGUGAUAUUGACAUCACAAGUAUAGAUGAAAGUGAAUCAGGUGAAAUGGAUGCUGAAACACAGAUGAAUGAAAGCUGUGUUGAACAAGAGCAAUUAGAUAGUGACAUUGAAAUGAAGAAAACAGAUUUCAUGAAUGAACAACCAGUACAUAUGUACAUAUCCUCAGAGGAAGAUUCUAAAGGCAUUGAUGACAUAGAAAAGUCACAUGACAGUAGUUUAUGUAUUGAAACAUCAAACUUAGAAAACAAAAAGGAUUUAGACAAAAGUACAGAAGACAGCACAAUGGAACCAAGUGAAGAUAUAUCAGUUAUAGAUGAUUCUAUGGAGACAAGUGAACCACUUGGUGCUGAAACAAUUGUUUUAGGAAAAAGAGAAAGAAAAGACAGUGACAGAUCUAUAGAAACUGAUGUGCCAACAAAGAAAUCAAAGUCAGUUUCAGAUGAUGCAGAAAGUUUAAGUGAUGCUAGAAGUAAUAAAAGUGAACCAGGAGUAAGCUUUGAAGUUGAUACUGGGAAUUUUUCAGAGGAUUCCUUAGAUCUAAACAUCAGUAUUGAUUCAUUAGAGGGUGAAAAACAUACUGCUAGAUUAACACAAAGUCUUCCAGCUUACUUAAUAAGGUCUGAAAAACCAAUGUCUGAAGACUCUCUAAGUGAUUCAUGUGAUGAACAGAAUAAGGACUUUAAAGAUAGUUUGGACAAUGACCAGAGUGAUAAAGGCAAUGACAAUUUAUUAGAUACUAAAGAAGAACAAAUAACAGAGGUAAAACAGACUUUAGACCCAUUAAGUUUGCCAAAUUCAAAUGUUCAGUGCCAUGAAAACACAUCAACGCCUUCUGCUUCUAAGAAGCCAAAAUUAACUAAAGUUUGUCAAGAACCUGUUGCUUUCCUACCUCAUGAUGAUAUACAAAGUAAAGAAACCUUAACUCAGUUUAAAGAGGCUAAUGUCUGUUUACAAUCAACUGUAAGUUUAGAAGACACUGGAGACAUACCAGUUGACAAAACUAUUUUUAAAGCUAAGUUAGAUAGUGUGUCUGAAGGUCCAGUUAUUCAGUGUAAUAUAACGUCUGAUGGUACUGCUGAAGCAACAGGUGUGGAACAAGAUAGUGUUGAAAAUCAAACAGUAAAUGAUAAAAGUGCCAUCAGUGAAAAUAUAAAUGCACAAAAUCCAAUUGAAGGUGACAUUUUGUGUGAAGGCAGUGUAAAUAGUCCUGUUCAUGAAAUAAAUGAUGCAGACUUUAUUAAGAAUAAUACCGAUGAUGAAGCUAGUAAUAACAUUCUGGUUGAUGUAUCUAAAGUAAAAGGUUUUGUAAGUGAUGUAAUUAAACAGGCACAAGAAAUUCAUCAUGAAAAUCCAAACUAUGAUUCAUGUAUGGAUAAUUGGGAUAAGGACCAUUCAAAGAUACACAAACAGGUGGAUGAGAAUGAAACUGAAACUAAUAAUGUUCUAGAAAAAUUCCAAGAUUACGUUGACAAUUUAACAAAUGAAGAUUUAGAUAAAUCAGUGUCUGUUGUAAAUGAAAUAGAAAAAGAAAACAAAGUUAACUUAAACAAAUCAAAUAGUGAAACAGAGGCUAACAUCUGUCCAGCUGAAAAUAAUGCUUUUAAUGUUGUAGUAGCAAAUAUUUGUAAUGAAAUGCAACAAAAUGAUGAUAAAGUUAGUGUAAAUAAUGUGCCUAGUCAAAAGGAUAAUGAAGUGAAUGAGGAAAAUGAACAAAAAUCUUUUGAAAGAACAAGUGCUCUGUAUCCAAAAUGCACAGCAGUUAAGUGUAGAAGUGAUGGUAAUGUAGAUACAAAUAGAGAUGAGCCUAAUGUAGUAGCAGUAAUGAUAGGGUCUGAAAUGGUUGCCACAGAGAAAACAGUUAAUACAAGUGAGAAUAAGUAUGUUUGUAUGGAAAUGAAAGAAGAAAAUAAAAGUGUUCAUGUUGAUCAACCUGAUUCUGUAGAAACAAACACAAAUGAUACUGAAGUACAUGAUGAUAAUAAGAUUAUAGGAGAGGUUUUGCCUGAACAGAUUCAGAAAGGCACUGUUGUAGAUGAAGAAAAUGAAAUGAAAUCAUUAGAUGAAACGAAAGAACCGAUUUGUCAAGAUACAACAGAUAUUGAAAUUAAAAGUGAUAUUGGCACUGUUAGAGAAGACACUGAUAAUGCAAGAGUGACCACAAAUGAUGUUGAUGAGGAUUCAGGUACUGAAGAAAAAAUGCAUGGACCUGUUGUUGAUGAAAAUCAUAAUGUUGUUGAAGUAGCAGGUUAUAUUGAUCAUAAUUUCUCUGAAAACACUCAUGUAUUAAGUAAACAAAAUGUGGGUGAUGAAAACCUUUCAGACAAUUAUGCAAGUGAGGAAGGUGCUGGACAGGAAAGUAUUGAAGGUGCAGCUAGUAGUGUUACUUUAGUGCUGAAAAAUGCUGACCUUCCAAUUAGAGAAGAACUGACAGUGUUUACUUCCACUCCCCAUGAAGAGACAGAAAAUGAAGGUGUUAAUGCAUUGAAAUCAGAAGUUGACUGUCUUGGUAGUAAUGAGGAUGAAGACUUGGAUGCAGUACCAGAAAAAACUGGUGAAUCAAAUGGUGACUCAGAAAUGGCUUCUGCACAAACAGAAAAUACUGAAUUGAAUGGAGACAGUUUACCAUCAGAAUCGGAAGUCUGCAAUCUGGAAUUGGCACAACAGAGAGAUAAGUCCAACAUUGAACAUGCAUCAAGCUCUCUGAUUGCAACAAGAUCUGUUGGAGUGGGAACCAGUCAGGACCUGAUGGAAGGCGUGGAUGAUGUCGUGAUGGGAGAUAACUUCAGCCAGGCAUCCAAUGAUUCAUUCUUGCUUGAUCCCAAGGAAGAAUUACAAGUCUUAGAAGAAGCUCUGGAAAAAUUAAAAGCAAAGCCAGGACGUCAAUUAUCAACGGCACAGCGUGCGGCCAGGCAGCGCGCCAUGAUUCGACAACAACACAGGGGCGCGGAUUCUGAUGGAGUGGCACAACUUUCAGACGAAGCACAUCUCUCAGGGACUCAAACAAAAAAUUCAAGUCGUCCAGGUUCAGGUUCCCGAAGACGUAAACGGCCGUCCAAUAAAACAGCUGACAAGACAACCAAACACUUAAAUGACCACACUUCUGAUGAUUACGACAGUUCGGAAAAUGAUAGUGUAUAUUCUGAUGACUCAGUAGAUGCAGUAAGAUUAGAAAAUCAUCCAAAUGGAGGUGUUCGUAAUGGAUGUGUGUUUACAUAUGAUUUUCAUGAUGACCUAGAUUCAGCAGAUAUGCUUUCACGACCAAAGCAUAAGCACCAAAGUCACCUCUCGCCUGGUCAUGUACACCAGCGGCCAGACUUUACUGAGAUUGUUGAUGGACCUGAUGGGAGAAGGACUAUUGGUAUUCAGACUUUCGACCAUAGUCUGAGAAAUAGGUCCACAGGUAGCACAAGAACAGACUACUCAGAUUUCGAUGGUAGUUUCGCUAGUGAGGGCCGAGGUAUGGUGAUGUCACCUUUAAGUCUUUGGAACUCUAAUGAGAGGUCUGGUAGUGAAUCACAUAGUGAUCACAAUUCCUCUUCAUCAGCAGGUUUUGUUAAGAAUCUAAAUGACAUUGAAAGGAGCAUGACCCCAACACCAAGGUCAAGCACAAGGUCAAAUGCAAGUGUGUUUUUGGAAAGAAGUAAUUUAGAGAAAGGGCCAACAGAGGUAUGGUCAUCUAGUUCCUCAGAAUUACGUCCAUUACCAGGAUUUCGAGAUGACCUUUCCUAUAUUAUAGAAACAGAAGGAAUGAGUCCUGGAGCUUCAUCUUUAGACUAUACCAAUGAUGCUAGAAGUCAGCACUCUUCAGUAUAUAUGAGAACGCCACGGGAAGGUGAGCGGUUGAUACCAAGACCUGACUGUAGUACUCCUACAAAUUCUGGAAAGGUUGUAAAUAUCUCAUUCCCAGAAUCUCAGAUACAACAAGCAACCAAUCUUGAUACAAAUACACCAGUUAAGUUUGAAGUCACUGUUCAUGAAGACAAUACCAAUAUUGAGUAUAAUGUUGAAAAGACAGAGUAUAAGACAUAUUCCUUAAGAACUCGGAAUGAGCCAAAUAUAAUUCCAGAUAGGAUACUUGUAAAUUUGACUGAAAAUUUAAAUUCACAGACUCAGGAAAAUUAUUUGACACAACACAGAGAAGAAAUUACAGUGCAUCAGCCAGAUAGUAUUAGAUCUCCAGAAGAUAGCUUAGUUCUAGAAAAAUCUUACCGCUCAUCCACUUCUUCAGAAAGAGAAACUGAGGUUGAUAAUGAUACAGUGAAAAGAGAUGAAUCAAAAGAAUUCAAAGAUGAAACAAAGGAGGAAUGUUAUUAUCGUAUACCUUCAGAGCCAGUUGUGAGAAAGAAGGAGAUAAAACUCCAGCAUUCUGGAGUAGUGGAGGCCACAAGUUACCCUAGUACUACUCAAGGAGCAGAGAAUGUAAAUAUGCCAGAUGAGACUAAUGAAACGUGUGUGGAUGACCUUAGGGAAAGUUUGAAUGAAUCUGAUUAUACCUCAGAUUAUGGAACUAUUACUUCAAUAGAUGGAAGGAAAGGAUAUAUGUCUUUUACAUCUGACUCUGAGGACAAUGAUUCCAUAGCAAUUUCACCAAGGCCUUCACAUGUUUCAAAGUUAGAACCUGUUGGCCAGAGUGAGCAGCAGCAGACAUAUUUGCCAUUACAAAAUGAGAUUACAGACACAGGUCAGAGCACUAUGUUAAUACCUGAACAGAGCCAAAACGUAUGCCCUUCGUCAGAAGAAAAUGCUAAUCUAGCUGUUGCAGGGACCCAAGAAAAUUCAGCAUUUGCUCCACAAAUUGUUCAAAGAUCAGGCACAGCUGAAGAAUCUGCAGAUGAAACAAAUCCUUUAGAAAACAAAAUAGUUGAUGGGGAACAUAAACAUGAUGAGGGACUCACCAGUGAUUUAGGAUAUGAAAGUAUGAAACCAGAAAGUAGUGAUGAGUACACAGAAAAAAGAAAUCAGUUUGAAGAAGAUACAGAAACAGAUAGUAGCAGUGUUGAUACAGUGAGACAAAUAAAAGAUGGUGAAAAUGAAAAUUUUGUCUCUCAAGAAACAUUACAUGAUGUUACAAACCUGACAGGCAGCCACGAAAAUAUGGAAACAGAUAUUGCAGAAAGUUUUGAGCAGCCUGGUUCUAAAAUACCAAAACUUGAUUUAACACAGCCGCCAGUGAAUUCUCCACAAAGAAAACAGAGGCUUUCUGUUAGCUCCACUGAUGAGACAUAUUUGUCUUUGGACCAGUCUGAAAGUACUUCAACAUGUUCAUCUGACUAUAAAACUCCUCAGCAGUCUCCAAGAGAAGUUGCUGAGAAUGAGCAAAUCAGCAGUAUGCUACCUAAAGAAGUUGAUGAUGUUAUAAUUCCAGACUAUUAUGAUGAUAAGUUGCAGUCUACUCCAAGACAAGACUCUGAUGACAUUUCUUUAGACCAAGCCCCAAUUCUAACAUCCUCUCCAAAACAAUCAAAUGAUGUCAGAACUGUUUCCGUUAACACAGAAUCUGUACCAUCUACAACACUAUCUGCACCUCCAGCAGUCUCUACAAUCAAACAUAUUUUUGGCAGUUCAAAAGACCCUGUACAUACAGAAGCUUUGAAAAAAGAUUUGGAAAAGAAAAUUGCUAAACUGAAACGUCAUGUCAGAAGUUUAAGCGAUUCCGCUAUUAGUUCAGAUUUCACAGAUGGAGACUCUGUAUCAUCUGUGUCCCCAAGAGGCAGUCGUGUAUAUGAUGAUAAAUCAUUUCUUGGAGAGAAAAGACUUCUUAAAACCUUUAGAAGCACACAGUCACCUACAAGAGUCAGACAGACUCUCAAUUUUGAGGGACCACAUCCUUCAAAAGAAAGUUUCAAAGACUCUGGAAAUGUUUAUGAUGAUGAUGAUGACAGUUCAACUCGUAUUGAGGGUUUUAAGAAGCAGAGACCAGUAGAUGGUAUACCUCCUCGUGAAUAUUUCUUGCCCUCAGCUACUCCUGUUGGAACAUUUCCUGAAAGGCUUAUAGAUUCUUUACUAGCCAUUGAACCUCAACCUUUGCAGAGAUGUCAUUCUCUAGACAGUUUAUCAACAAUUAUUAAUCUCAAGCCUCAUUUGGCAAGAGCUGUUAGGGAGUUUCAAUCCAUUGAGGACAUACCAGGAGCAGUGUCACCAACUAAUGAAACAACCGAUGUUGUAGAUAGUGGAACAAAAGGUAAUAAUGAUUUGAUGGCAUCAGAUGGUGCAAGACCACUGUCACCUGGAGAAAUAGGAAUUGACCAAGACAGCUUGGACGACAUGUAUGCUGAAAUAGAGAAAGAAAACAUUAUUCCUGAUGUAAAUAUUCAAGUUGAUGCUAGUCAAAACAAAAAAAUAUCAGAGAAGUCUACUUCUAUGUCAGUUUUGGGAGAUACCUUGCCAGAGAGAGAAUAUCAUAGAUCUCUUUCUGAAGGGAACAUUGAUGACUUUGAUGAUGAAAUUGAUAAUUCAGAUGCUUCAAAUGACAGUAUUACUUUCGUUUUCAUCAAAGAUGAUAGGACAAAGCCAACAAGUGAGACUGAACGUGACAAUAGUGAACAAGCUGAAGCUGUUGAAGGUUAUGAUCCAUGUGGAAGUGGUGAAAUUUAUGAUUCUGAAGGUGAAUCUGUUGAUAGUAGACAUAUGUCCAGUCCUGGUGAAUGUUCUUAUGAAACAGAGGAAGCUAAUAUUAGUGGUAGAGGCCAUUUAUCUGCUAAAAGUGAGGAUAGAAUAUCAGAUGUUCUCAGUGUCAGUGCAUCUGAAGAUUCUGUUAUUGAGUAUAAUAGAAAUACUGAGGGUGCUGAAGAUGAAGUAUCAUCCCAUACUGCUAGUGAAGAAAUAGAAGAAAUAAUACGCAGCAAUGAGAACACUGAACAGAUGUAUGGAUCUAGAGAAAUUGGUGUUGGUAUCCAGGCUGAUUCACCUCCAACUUAUACUGAUACAUCUGACAGUUUUGUGCAGAAUAAAGGUAAAUUUUAUGAUGAUGAUUCAGAGCCAUUAAGACAUAAAUUCGGAAUUGAUGAAUCUGUUCUACCACUUCCAGAACGAUCUGUGUCUGCUGACAAUAUCCCCAAACAUUUAAUGCCUGUUACAGACUUAAUGAGAUCAAGGUCUGCCGGAAUGCUAGAUGUCGGUGUAGCUGAUGAACCUGAAUCAGAAAGUGGAAUUUUCCCACCUGCUUUAAGAACCGAUGAUGACCAAACAGAACAGUCUGUGUCACUUCAUACGAUGUCUGAAGGAGGGCUAGAUCAUAUCUCACAGAGGACAUUCUCUGACAUGGAAGCUUCACUUUCAAAUAGGACAUCAGGUGAUGUGGAUUCAGAGAACUGCAAUAGUGAAGAGAAUUCCUCUGCAGUUGUUAGAUCUAUUUGCAGCAAAUCGUCCUCUGUAGAAAGUUUGGAGGAAGAAUUUAUAAUAGACUAUAAAACCAACUGGAACAAACAUAAACCAAAACAGACAGUUAACCAUUCAGGAAGCUCUGAACAGGAGGAAGGUCAUGAUAUCUUAGAUGAUGAGCAGCAGAUCAGGAGAGUGUUAGAAACUGUUCAAAGACUCAUUUGUCCAAAACCAACGUCAGUUGAUAGAGGGAUGACUACAGAAAGUGAAACAGAUUCAAACUUUGUAUCUAUUGGUGUUCAGACUGCUUCAUCAGAGACCAGCACUGCAGAUACAGGUACCUUACAGCUGCGGGCUGACCAGAUCAUUUUGCCUGCCCUUGCUGCUCCAUUCAGAGCACAGUCAAUGGACAGUUUUGGACUAGGAGCAAGUGGACAGGGUCUUGAAUUAUCAGAAGAGUCAAGAAAUUGGUGUACACUUGGUGAACUCAUGGUUGAAACAACACAUUUGUUAAGGAGGAUAAAUGACAGAUUGCCAGAAGAGAGUAGGAAAGGAUCUAUUAGUUCUUCAGAAGAUAGUCAAGUCAGUCAAGUUAUAUUAAAGAAAUGGCAAGAAAUCAGUGUCCAGACUGGUCAGUCUAUAGAAAAUCUCACCACUGUAGGUUCGCAAACUGAUGGUGAUGGUACAAUAAAUGAAAAAGAAAAAAUGUCUGUAAGAAAGGAAAUCUAUGCAGAGUUGACACAGGGUAAAACAAAGUCAUGGCUUCAACGUUUGGACUUGAGUGACACAAUAACUCAUGAGCUAUUACCUUCAGAUUCCAAAGCAUGUGAAAUGUCAGUUCAAACAGAUGAAAUUGCUGAGGAGUUUGCCAUUGUUGAAACCAGGGUUCAGCCAAGAAAUAGUACGUCUGAUAUAGCUCAAGUUGAAUCAGUUGCAAUAAACACUAACCAGAGAGCAGAACUAUCAGAUGGACCAAGUCAGCAGACCAAGUUAUUGACUGAGCAGAUAUUUGUUCAGUCUGUUGCUCCUGUUUCAUUUUCGCCUAAGGAGCAGCAGCUAAAUGAGAAUUUGGACAAUACAAAUGUAGUUGCUCAAUCAGAACAAAUAGUGGACAAGAAACAAGCUAGGACUGCAGCUAAAUACAUACCUCAGGUUAAAGCAGAACUAGGCCUUGACACAUUGGAAGAUGUUGAAUCUGAAAAGGCUUCAAAAGCUGAGUCUCCAAGAAGACAUGGAAAAGAGUCUCCAAGAAGACAAGAAGCAACAAAUCAGUCUCCAAACAAGCUUCUUCCAGGAUUUACCUUGCCUGAUACACCUGAAAUAGUUGAAUUGCGAAGAGAACAUGCAAAAUUGAUGGAAAAUCUUAGAAAGGCAUCAGAUGAGAGAAAUAGCAGAAAAGAAAAACUUCAAGCAAGGAAGAAAACUAUCAGUCCAGAUGAUAGUUUUGCAGAGGAUGCAAAAGAAAAAUCUUACUUAAAACCAACUGAUCUGUUGGAAGACAAGGAAGAGGACAAACAAGUUUCAGACAGUGGAGUAGGGACUAAAGAAAAGUCAAAAGACUUCAGAGUUAACAAGAAUGAUCCUGAAACAGAGACAUCUUCUAAUAGUAGUGUAGAUGAAGACAGUGUUAGAUCUGAUGGUGAUGAUAAAGAGCAAGUUCCAGAAGAAGGAGAGUCUGAAGACAUUGUGAGGUCUGAUGGUGAAGACAAUGUACCGUCUUCAACAGAUGUUUCUGAGGAUAUUGUUAGGUCAGAUGUUGAUGAUAAAGAAUCAGUUGGUGAAAACUUGAGAUCAGAUGAUGAAGAUGAAAUACCUAAUCAUGACAAUGAUGUUAGUAUGGGAUCAGUUACAAGUCCUACCAGCACACAGGAAUUUGUACAGAUAAAUAUUCAGGUAGAUCCCAGUACAGGUGUAACUGUAAAGAACAAGACAAUCAGGGAACCAAGUCCAAAAAGAAAUAUUGGACCUAAAGAGAUGGACAAAAACGAGAACAUAAGAGAAGAACAUACAUGGGAAAUUGCUGGAGAUGAAUUUAGGACAAUUUGGGAUAGAAGACCAGAAUUAAGAUCAAGAACAGACAGUAAUACAUCACAAGACACAUUAGGAUCAUCUGAAAUAGUGGAAGAAGUCUUAGCUGGUCCUUUGAAUGCUGUAAAUGCUAGGGUUAUCCAUCACAGGUACAUGGAUGAUGAAAUUAUAAGUCCUGAAAUUAUAGAUGAUGUUUUAGAAAAUAAUGAUACACCUGAAGAUCAUGGAAAGGAUAACUUAGCAAAUCCUGUAGAUCAUCACACAAAACUGGACGAAACACAAAGUUCCAGGAAACCAGUUCAAAAGAAAUUUUCAGGAGAAUAUUUAAGUGAUGAAAGUGAUGGUAGAGACUCACCAGCCUCUGUUGUUGAAGAUAUUGUUCUUCCACAGUCUUACACUAGAGAGCAACUUGUACCAGACUUGCUUGACAGAAUUUCUGAACAGAAUAGAAAUAGGGAUGGAAAGGAUUGGGGUACACAGUUAGGUACUACACCACGUACUGCAUCCCAAGAAUCCCUUCCUUUUGAGGAGACUAUUGUUCCUCAGAUCUACAAAAAGGAACAUAGUCUUCCUCCACCUUUUCUAAAUAGUUCAGCCAAGUCUCAUUCAGAGCUGGAGCCAGAAUCUGUAUCUGUAGAUGAUCCAAGAGAGAGAGGACCAAAAAUACAACAACAAAUAAUUAAGAGUGAAACAAGUCCAAAAUACAAGGCACAAAUCCUACGAGAGCAGCAAAGACAGGCUGCAAGUCCUGAUUUUACAGGAUCAAUUGAAAUACUUCCAGGAGAGAAGGUUCCCCAUCAGCAUUCUGCUAGAAGUGAUGAACAUCCUAAGGAAAUGGGGUAUCACAAACCUUCAGUGUUUACAGAAAAAGAAAUGAAACCACACUGUCUAUUGCAUCCAAUGUCACCAUUUGAUGAAACUGAUUCCAAAAAUAAAGCAGAGGAAACUCAAGAACAGAUAACUCCUAAUCCUUAUAGAGCAGAAUCAAGGCCACCAAGGUUUUCUGAUGAUGCAACUCAGAUGAGUGUAGAAUUUUCUGAUGAUGGUACACAGACAGAACCAGAUUUACCGUAUGAAAAUGUUAUAUCACAAGAUGUAGAUAGAAAGGUCUAUUCUGGAAAUAAAAGUGCAACCCCAACUCACUCACACAGUCGACCAGCACAGGGAUCAAAAGAAGGUAAAAAUGCACCACAGGAAUCACCCAUGAGUGAAGCAAAAACAUCUGAAGAAUUCAGGGAAGAACUUGAAAGUUUGCAGCAUGAAAGACAGCAUAUAAUGGAUCUACUUGGUUUAUCCUACCUGCCCAACAGCCUUACAGUUGAAUUGCUGGAAGCAAAAUUGAAUCAUUGUAUUGGUCAAACUGAUUUACUCUUGGACAACCUAGAAAACCCUCCUGAGUUUGAUGAUUCAAAGAAACCUACUAUAGACCAGAAGCAGACAAAAGAUUAUAUUUCUAAAUACAGGGCAGAUUUGAAAAAAUCAAAAGAAGAUAUUAAAGAAUGCAGAGAACAACUUAAUAAAGGUAGGGGUAGAGGAAGACCUUCUGCAAGGGGCAGGACCCUCUCCAGAAGGAGUGAUGUUUUAAAUCACCAGAGGCAAGCAGAAAUAGAUGCAUUUAAGUUAGAAAGAUUGAGGGAGCAGCAGGAUUAUGAAAGAGCAUCCAGACAUGGUGCUCCAUCCAAGAAUAAUACACCUUUAAGAGGAAAUACACCACUUAAAGGUAAUACUCCUCUUUAUGGGAACAGCCCUGCUGUUACACCAAGAUCAGACCGUUCAAGAAGUUCUAGUCCAUCAUACUCACCAAGUUACAUGAAUCCCAGAGAACAUAAGGCUCACUUGGUAGAUUUAAGAAGACAGUUGAUCAAGGAUGUAGUGGAAGAAGAGAAGCAGCACAGUCGCUCAUGCUCACCAUUGCUACACACCAGUCCACCAGCAGUACACAAACAUAGAAGUCCCAGUGAACAGUCACUUGGCUUUUCUCCAAAAGUGUCAGUAUCCUUGUCAGACAUUCCAGGUAGUCCAACAUCAUCAUCGCCAUCAUCUGGUGGCAGUAAAACAUACGUUGUUGCUCCAGGCUCAAGCUCACUCUCUCCAGUCAGAAAACCAGUUUCCUAUGACCAUGGAAGCCCAUAUAGCAGCUACCAGAGCUCUCCAGACAGAGUUAGUUUAGGGAGACGAACUUCCCAUUCAUCUUUAGAUCGGAGGAUGGUGGCUGAAAGCAUCUUCUCACCUCAGGAAUCAGAGCAAAUUCUACAGGAGAUUGAAGAGUAUAAGAAACGUACCCCUAUCUCUGCUCCAAUGGAAGAGCUGCUUAGACGUUCAUCAUACUCUUCGUCAAGUAGUCAAAGGCCUUUGUUGCGAUAUAUGACAUUAUUCAGUUCAACUUUUAGAAAGAGGAGCAGUUCAUCUAGGCCAGAUGUUCCAGGAAUUUCACCAAGGUCACAGUCUGACCCCCGGUUACCAGGGAGAUCCAGUACGUCGCCUGUUGCUAGGCAACUAGAUAAUCCCCUAUCUUUAAACUUGGAUUGUCUACGAGAUGAUGAAGCUGGCCCGUACAGCCCUUACUCUGCGUAUGCACGUGAACACAUCAUUCCAAAUGAACGGUCACCAACAGGUGGCGUGCUACGAGGAACCUACGAACUGUAUCAUGAUAGGUCGGAUACAUCCUCUGUGUUGUCAUACGACUCCGACACUUUCUCGGAUCCAGGUCAUAGACCUCAGCAUAAUGCUUUGGAUGAGGAUACGAUAAAAAGACUGCGACCUAUUAGAGCAGAAGAUAUUAAAGCAAGAAUUAAUCGACACAAACGAUGACAAAAUUCAAAAGUGCUAAGUUGGAUCAUUCCCUAAUACUGUGUUCAUUAUACUUAUAAGGUUCAUAUAUGGCUGAUUUGUGAUGUUAUUAGUUGAAAUCUUGAUGAUCGUGUGUUUUGAAUAUGCAUGUGAAAUUAAUUUAUGUUUUAGAUAUGCAUAUAAAAAAGUACAUUUUUCAAAAUGCAUAUAUAAAUGAAUCAUGAAAGUCAUGAUUAUCCUUAAAAAAUCAUGCGAAAUACAGAGAUGAUUCAUUCCAGUAUCAUAAUCCAGAUCACACACAGAAAUAGACAUGACAAAAGGUGUUUUAUAAUGCACAUAACUGUAGAUGAAACAUAGCUAGUUAAUUAACUGGAAACUAAUCAGCUGAAUGGGAGUUUGUGAGGACUAGGGAUGUUUGAUGAAUAAUUAAGCAGAUGGACAGAGAUUUAGUGAACUUUUGACUUGUGAGAAUAAUGACUGUGAUAAUUAUGGUGCCAAAUUAUAAUAACAUUGUGAUAUUAGAUUUAGAUUUUAGUUUAGAUUAAAGCACAAGAUGAUCCUAUUCUGCAAAAGGAUUACCUUUCUCUACAAAAUGGUGGGCUUGGCCCUUAAAUAACUUGUAAGUACAUACAGUAGGUUAAGAGUUUUAAUAAUUAAAUUUUGUUGUUUUUAAAUUGAUUGAAUUCGAAUUGACCCGUCUUGUCUGUGUGUUCCACGUACCUUAUUCUUUUUAUAUUAAAUUGGAACUAUAAACAAUUAUUUCUGUCACAAACUGUAAAACUUCUUUUAGAUUUUAUUGAUUGUAAUUAAUGUCUUGACGAGACGGGUAUUUACAAGACUUCCAUUCAAUGAUGCAGAUUUUUAUAGACAUAAAUUGACAUAGGUUAUGGGUUUCUAUUCCAGGUAUUGAAAUAUGAUCAACUGGGCUACUUCGUAGGUAAAUUUGAAAUUGUAGUUGAGCAACAUCUGAAGUAUGCGAUUGGUUGUAUCUUAUGACUUAUUUGAAAUGGACCAAUGGCAGGGUUGCCAUCAGAAAUUGAGCUAGCAUAAGCUGUCUUAAAAUGGCAGAAUUAGUUUCCAUGGAUAUCCCAAAGAUGAAAAGCUAUGUGCAGCUGAAAAAUGUCAUGAUAAGAUUUCAUUUGCUAGUUAAAAUUUUUGAUUUCACAUAUAAAAUAUGAUACAGCUGAAACUUGUUAUCUGGAACUCGCUAAAUUCUCAAACUUGCAGCUGUCUCGAAGACAUUUUCAAGUCCCGAAAACAUGUGCACAAAAAAUCAUUUUAAGUCAGAUUUCAGUUAUCUUGAGAAAAAACAUUUGAGCCGCACCAUGAGAAAACCAACAUAGUGCGUUUGCGACCAGCAUGGAUCCAGACCAGCCUGCCCAUCCGCGCAGUCUGGUCAGGAUCCAUGCUGUUUGCUUUCAAAGCCUAUUGUAAUUACAGAAACCGUUAGCGAACAGCAUGGAUCCUGACCAGACUGCGCGGAUGCGCAGGCUGGUCUGGUUCCAUGCUGGUCGCUAAUACACUUUGUUGGUUUUCUCAUGGCGCAGCUCAUAUUUUAGUCCCUUGGAAUUCGAGAUACCCUGUUUCAACUGUAGUUGUUUCAUUUUUUGUUCACAAUUAACAUUCAGUAUUACAAAGUAAUAAAAUAUGCACUUUUUUAAAGAUACAAACAUUCUGCGUUAAGCUUAUGCAAAAGCUGUAUUUUAGUGUACUUGUUUAAAGGAUAGUAUUUCAGACUCAAACAAUUAAGCAGAAUUGUUUUUGAACUUUUUUUGUGUAUUUAUAUUUUAUCACAAAUUUAUUUGACACAAUAAUUAAAUGUCUCACAAAUAUUUAGUGCAGCUAGCAUUUUUACUUAUUAUUUUAUGUAUUGAUCACUUUGUUUUUUGUUAUAGACAAUAUUAAAGACCACUUUUAUUGAUUUGCAUGUGUUUGGGCAUACAUGAAUUACUUCCCUUGUGUUGAAAUUUAUGUUUCCAUGCACACAAUAGUAAUCUCCCCUGUUUAUAUGACCUGGAGUAAAGCUAUUUUUAUUUUGUGAUUCCGUCCAUUUUCUCAAAAUAAUAAGGAUUCAGGUGCACUGACUUUAGUUUCUUGUCUAUACAUAAUUUAUAUUUAUAAUUUGUGUUUUAAGGCCAGACUAAAUUAAUUCCUACUUUACUAGCAUUGCCUGUAUAGAUAAUUACAUUUGCAUGCCAAUUUUAUUUUGAUUUUAAUUUAUAUGGUUUUAUUUCUUCUUCAUUGAUGAAACUGAACGCACAUUUUAAAAUUUGGUAAAUACAUUGCAACUUAGGAAUUAAUUUAAACUGGCCUAGUGUAUUAAUUAUGUAAAAGUCAUUAUGUUUCAACAUAACAUUCAAUAAUAUAUAUAUUUAAUUGACUGAAAUCUAAAGUAUGCAUUUUUUAUAUUCAUUAUAGCAUAAUUUAAAUAAUAAUUUAAUUUUAACAUUAUAACAAUUUUGGUGGAAUGAAAUCAAAGAAAAUGGACAUAGAAAAAGUUGAAAUUUUGUAAAUUAGGUAUUAUCAGAGUUCAUAAUUUUUUAAUAAAGAGGGGCAUUCAUAAAAGGUGUAAUGUGGAUAAGUUAAGGAGGUAAGGUACAUUGUAGCCACGUGUUUUAGUGAAGGUUUAUGGUUCUGUAUACUUACUUAUACUUUUUAACUUUAUUGCCAUUUAAAACAAAAAUUUAUUUAUUUUAUGAUCACCUGUCCAAUGUAUUUAUACAUUAUAACACAUUUCCUGGGCAUUGAAUAUAUCUUCUUCGCUCUUUAAGUAUGUGAAUGAAAUGCAUUUCAUUUCUUCAAAACCACAAACCUGAUUCUUGCAAGAAACUCCUCCAAGGUGUUUUUGCUUUAAAUUGUACAUGGCUUGCUCCUUUUCCUUUGUUAACACAGACUGGAAGUACUGAAAUAACUUCUUAAUGGUAUGUGCUUUGCCAGAUUCCGAGAGAUUUUUGGAAACUCUUAUACUUCAUUGCAGUUUGCUUUGACAAUUAUUCCACUUGUAUAUACAAGUUGUAGUGAUGCUGUUACCAAGCAGUUUCUUCUGAUUGUAUAUAAAAGACUGAUAUUUAUUAUUUUUUCUUCAGUAUUUUUGUAAGAUUUGACUUUGUUCAGAAAGGAUUAGUAUAUUUUUGUUUUAUCUUUUUUUUAUUUGCAUAGCUGCAUUUUGUUUUGUUUUAUAGCAAGGCUAAUUAUGUUUUGUUUUAGUGUUUAACUAAAAUUGAUGAUAUUGUUAAAUGAAAAGUAUUUAUAAUUUUCGUAAUAAAAUACUAAAGAUGCUGA